GCGUUUGGGUUGGACCUUCUCGUCAAGCCAGAUUCAUUCAUCUCAAUAAGGAAAAGGAAACUUCCAAGAAAUUGUCCUUCCAAAGUGCACCUUACACUUCCAAGAAGAGUCUCUUCCAUAAUCGUGGCAUGCUUCAGAACAUCAAAUACAAUUCCUUACAACGUAUUGAUAACAUGUUGCAUUCGUAUCGAAUUCGUACAUUGAAAUCACUCAAGCAACAAUCUCAACCAACUACAGGUGAAUCGAGUUUGAGUAAACCACGAGUUGGAAUUCAAGGACCUCUUGCUUCUGCUGGUGCAGGUUUGAGUCAGAAGGAAUUGAUGAAGAAGAUUUAUGUCAAGAAACAAAAACCAAUGGCAGUGAUUGGAGGACCAUCGAGUUCGAGUCAAAAGAAGACGACAGCACCUGUUCAGAAGAAGAAGCAGUAA